AUUACUACGUAGGGGACUCUUAUUUUGAAGAUUUCUGAAAUUCCGUGACCCGGAAGUUGCCGACGAGAUUUUGAUCAAUAUACCCAACAGUUUUAUUAAGUAGAUAUUGUUAGCCAUGUCUCAAGACGGAUUUCAACCUACACUUAUAAGGACCACGCACACUAACAACACGAGCUCGAGUAUUCAACAACCACAUGCACCGUGCCCUGGUAAAACACCCAUACAAGUUCUACAUGAAUAUGGAACAAAAACGGGUAACCUUCCCGUGUACGUGAUGGAAAAGGCCGAAGGGGAGGCGCACCAACCCAGCUUCAUCUUCAACGUUACAAUAGGAGAUCUGUCCUGCACAGGUCAAGGAGCCAGUAAAAAAGCCGCCAAACACAAAGCCGCUGAGUCUGCCCUGAACCUUCUGGAAAUAGACCCCGGAACACCCCUUCACAUAAAGAAGGAGAGUAAUGGAAACCCAGCGAAGCCUAACGACCAACCCAACUCAGUGGGGAAACUGCAGGAGCUGGCCCUGCAGCAGGGAUGGCGCCUCCCUGAAUACACUGUUUUCACAGAGGCAGGCCCACCUCACAAGAGAGAGUUCACGGUUACCUGCAGAAUGGAGUCGCUCACAGAGACCGCGACGGGAAAUUCCAAGAAGGUGGCUAAAAAGGCAGGUGCUGAGAAGAUGUUAGCAAAACUUCUAAAUGUGUCUGGUUGUCCUGAAAUCACAUGGAUCCCAAAGCCCGGUGUCCGAUUGGAGAACUUGCGUAACUCCUCGGCAGAGAAGAUGUCUCUCCUAAGAAGGAACCCACUCAGUAUUCCCAACACAGACUACAUCCAGAUGAUGCUGGAGCUGUCCCAAGAGCAGGGCUUUGAAGUCACAUACUUUGACAUUGAUGAGCUGACAGUGAACGGGCAGUACCAGUGCUUGGCAGAGCUGUCCACCUCACCCGUCGCCGUAUGCCACGGAACAGGCAUCUCCUGCGGCAACGCACAUAACGACGCCGCACACAACGCUCUCCAGUACAUCAAGAUCAUGGCUUCCAUCAAAUGAGCGAUCGUAGUAAACGGCACAGAUGGUUUU